AUGGCAAGACAGAAUUGUGAUUUUGUCUUAAACAUACCUGCUUCGAGUUACAUGGGUGGAGUUUGGGAGCGCCAAAUAGGUUCCAUCAGAAGAAUUCUGGCAGGUAUCAUGAAUCAAGUAGGAACAAGACCGAACACAUCAUCGUUUCGAACACUCAUGUAUGAAGUCGAGGCUAUUGUUAAUAGUCGACCAUUAACAGUAGAAAAUGUGAAUGAUCCAACUGGACCAAUUCCACUUACGCCAAAUCAGAUACUGACAAUGAAGUCUCACAUUAUUUUGCCUCCACCAGGAGUCUUUGUAAAAGCAGACAUUUAUGCUCGAAAGAGAUGGCGGGUCAUCCAACAUCUAGUCAAUGAAUUUUGA